GGGCGGUGGAACUGGAAGCGGCCUUGGGUCACGGCUUCUUGAAGAGGUUCGAGACUUGUACCCCAAGAUUCCGUUGCUAGUAGCUCCGGUUCUUCCCAUCUCCAGCGGGGAAAAUCCCAUGCAGUGUUACAACGUGGUCCUUGCUUUAUCGUGGCUACAAGAUCUGGCAGAUGGUGUUGUGCUCUAUGAAAACGACGCAUUGAUGGCCCUCGCAGAAGCAGAAUCAGCUGAUGCGCAACAUGAAACAACCUCGCUGGCAUCGAUGAACAGCAUAAUAGCAAGAGACCUUAUCCCACAUCUUUGCCCUGAACAGAUCUGCGAUUUCGGCGAACUUCUCCAAACAAUUUCACCCUUACCAAGUCACAAAUUCGCACAGAUCUUUAGUGCUGGAUUACGACAACGUUUUAACUAUGAGUCUGAGACGACCACGAAAUUGAUCAUGGAUUCAUUGCGGCGACUGCCGCGAAGUCCACGCAAUUCGCAAAAUCUGUUCUCAGCCAGAUGUGUUGUGCGCGGAGUGUUGGAAGUCUCACAGCAAUUGAAGCUGGAACUGCUGGAACGUCUUGGAGGGGCAAUGCCUAUAAAAAGUGCACCGAUUGAUUUGCAAACAUCUCCCCAACCUUUGAAGACGAGUCCUUCAUCAAGAGUGAGCAUUGUAAUGAAUUGGAGGAGGAUCACCAAGGUGUUCCGUGACGUUUAUCAUCAAGCGCAACAGAAGUACGCCUCAAGGAUGUUCUUGCACUGGUACGAGAAUUUCGGAUUCGGUGCAGACGUCUUUGCAGAGGCUUUUGAGACGCUGGGGUCUGUGGUCAAAUCAUAUGAGUGAUCGCCAGUGAUCGCCGUGAUCGUGGCAUCGUGGGCUCAGCAGGAAUUGCGUUGUGCAAAGUACACGACAGCACUGGAUGACUCAUGAUGACUCAUUUAUCAUAUUUAUCGUUGAAGACUGCCAUUUGAACAAGCUUCGAAAUGGUUGACAAACCGCAAAAGGGCGGUCAAAGAUGGCAGCUGGAUCGAAGCUUCUUGCAGAAAAAAAUCAAAAUCUUUGCAUAGACUUGGAAAAUUGACAGGAAAGCAUGGAG